AUGUCGUCUGGUGUCGCAGUCAACGAUCAGUGCCUCGAGCUCUACCAGGAAUUCAAGCUUCGCAAGAGCUACAAGUACAUCAUCUUCAAGUUGUCGGAUGACCUUAAGGAGAUCGUUGUUGAGAAGGCUGCCGAGACUGGCAAUUAUGAUGAAUUCCUUGCCUGCUUGCCUGCUGAUGAACCCCGUUAUGCAGUCUAUGACUUCGACUAUGAGAAGCCUGGUGAAGGUCAACGAUUCAAGAUCACUUUCUAUUCAUGGAUUCCCGAUACUGCCAAGGUUCGCCAAAAGAUGUUGUACGCUUCCAGUAAAGAUGCUCUUCGCAAAAAGUUGGUUGGUUUGGCUAUCGAAAUCCAAGGCACAGACUUUAGUGAGGUUGAACACGAAGCCGUGUUAGAAAAGGCAUCCCGCUCUGCUUAA